CGGAAGACCGCGCGCGGAAAUACAUUUCCCAGAGUGCCGCUCGCCCCGGACAUCUCCCAGGGGGCUCUGCGGCGCGCCUCUUCGAAUGGCAGAUCCGCGGUUUCCGGCUGAAAGCAUCUCGGCGCUGCCUGGGGUUCCUGCUUCGGGACGGGCGACGGAGUCUUCGCUGCCAAAGAUGUGUGAGUGAACGUAGAUGUGUCGCUGGGAGGAGACUUCUGUAUCCUUUCCAUUUUUCAUGCUAGAUCAAAUUCAUUUACAAAUGAUAUAGAGAGCAGAAGUGGGGUGAAGAGCAGAGGGAGAGGCAGGCUCCCCGCUGAGCAAGGAGCCCCAUGCGGACUCAACCUCGGGACUCCGGGAUCAUGACCUGAGCUGAAGGCAGAUACCCAACCAACUCAACCACCCAGGUUUCUCCUGUACGCAGUGCGCUGUUGGUUUGCGCGCUGCUAAUCAAGACUGUUGUGUGACCCUGUGACCUGCAGCUUGCGACCUUACAAAGUGCCCUUCUCUUCUAUGCCUGUGGAUCGGGACCCUGCCUUGUUUGACCUCAGGCCUCAGCAUGUUGGCCACCGCACUGAGGCUGGAGCGCGGCCGGGGGCCGGAGAGAGGGGACCAGGGGCCGCCUGCGGCGGGUCCCGUGAGGCUCCGCCCUUCUCGGCAGAUCCGCAGCCUGCUAGAAGCCCGGCCACCUGCACGAAACAGCGCGGGAUGGCCGGCAGGUUCCGGACAGCUUCGUGUUGGGGCUUAUUGUCAUUCAAGGAUAUAUCUAUGGAGUUCACCUGGGAAGAGUGGCAGUUACUGGACUCAACGCAGAAGUACCUGUACAGGGAUGUGAUACUGGAGAACUAUAGCCACCUGGUAUCUCUGGGGUAUCAUGGUACCAAACCUGAUUUAAUCUUCAAGUUGGAGCAAGGAGAGGAGCCAUGGAUAAUAAAUGCCAAAGUUUCCCGUCAGAGCUAUCCAGAAGGUUGGAAAGAAUGGUACCAGAAAAAUCAAGAUGAGUUUGAAAAUGUUGAGAGAAGUUAUGCUUGUGGUGAAUUUGGAAGACGUCAUAUGAGCAGAAGCCAUGUUCCUUCAAGACAAAGAAUCCAUAAGUACAACACACAUGGAAAAAGUCUGACACAAAACUCAGGUUCAGCCAAAAGCUGUCUGAGAAAAAAUCCUGAUAAAUUCCACAAAUAUGAAGAAUCCUAUUUUCUUAAGCAUCAAAGAGCUCAUAGUGCAGAAAAAAACUGUGUGUGUAAUGAAUGUGGGAAAGCCUUUCGUUGUAAAUCACAGCUGAUUGUCCAUCUCAGAAUUCAUACGGGAGAGAGGCCUUACGAAUGCACCAAAUGUGAAAGGGCGUUCAGUGCCAAGUCAAACCUUAAUGCUCAUCAGAGAGUCCACACGGGAGAAAAGCCCUACUCCUGUGGUGAGUGUGGGAAGGUGUUCUCCUUCAGGUCACAGCUCAUUGUCCAUCAGGAAAUUCACACAGGGGGGAAACCUUAUGGCUGCAGUGAAUGUGGGAAAGCCUACAGCUGGAAGUCACAGCUGCUUUUACACCAGAGAAGCCACACGGGCGUGAAACCUUACGAAUGUGGGGAGUGUGGGAAAGCCUUCAGUUUGAAGUCCCCCUUCGUUGUGCACCAGAGGACUCACACAGGAGUGAAACCCCAUAAAUGCAGCGAAUGUGGGAAAGCCUUUAGGAGCAAGUCCUACCUCCUGGUUCACAUCAGAAUGCACACAGGGGAGAAACCCUAUCAGUGUGGCGAUUGUGGGAAGGCCUUCAGUAUGAAGACACAGCUUGUUGUUCACCAAGGAAUCCACACGGGAAAUAAUCCGUAUCAGUGCAGCGAAUGUGGGAAAGCCUUCGGGAGGAAGGAACAGCUCACCGCGCACCUGAGAGCACACGCAGGCGAGAAGCCCUACGGGUGCAGUGAGUGUGGGAAGGCUUUCAGCAGCAAAUCCUACCUUGUUAUACACAGGAGAACGCACACAGGAGAGAGACCCUACGAAUGUAGUUUCUGCGAGAGAGCCUUUUGUGGGAAAUCCCAGCUCAUCAUACACCAGAGGACUCACUCGACAGAGAAACCCUAUGAAUGCAGCGAAUGUGAGAAAGCCUAUCCCAGGAAGGCAUCGCUCCAGAUACACCAGAAAACUCACUCAGGAGAAAAACCUUUUAAGUGUGGUGAAUGUGGGAAGGCCUUCACUCAGAAGUCGUCCCUCAGUGAGCAUCAGAGAGUUCACACAGGGGAGAAGCCGUGGAAAUGCUCUGAAUGUGGGAAAUCCUUCUGUUGGAACUCAGGGCUUCGAAUACAUCGAAAAACUCACAAGUGAGGUUAGAAUGAAGUAGAUGGUAGGAUGAUGGAGAUGGGAUGCAGAAGCGGGAAGUCCUAAACAUACGCCCCUGUCGGUUAAGUCGUAGACAGACCGUUGCAUUUGGAAUGAAUGGGCAAAAGCUCUCAGAAAUAAGGCCUCCGAGUCUCGGUCGAUGAGAACUGAAGGAAUGAGGAGCAGUAACUAUGAAGUGUGGUAGCAUCAUGAUAAAGAUGAAAUUCAGAGAAUUCAUAUUUAAAACUUCCCGCAGGAAAUGUGUUCAUGUGGAGAGUCACAUUCCAGACUUGAAGCUGUGUUUUAGCGUGAAGAAAACCUCAGUUUUAAAUGGUGGAACUUUUAAUGGUGGAGUAUAAAGUUGUUUUUUAUUUUAAUAUGUAAAUAAAGCAAUGGUCAGGAAAACAUCAAGGAACGGAUUCUGAAGGUUAAGGUAUAUUUAGUGUGACUUUCCUGAGUAACACUGAAUAGCAUUUUAAAAAAUUUUGUUAUUUUAUUUUUUAAUGUAACUUGUCAUACAUAUAUUUGGUAGUUUGUGGAGUAACAUCCCCUAAUAUUCUCCAUAUUAAAUAUAAAUAUC